AUGUUGCAUUCUUAUCAAGCUGGCCAUUGGCGCCAAAUCGAGUCUAUGUUGCAUUCUUAUCAGAAGCUGGCCAUAGGCGCCAAAUCGAGUCUAUGUUGCAUUCUUAUCAAGAAGCUGGCCAUUGGCCCCAAAUCGAUUCUAUGUUGCAUUCUUAUCAAGAAGCUGGCCAUAGGCGCCAAAUCGAUUCUAUGUUGCAUUCUUAUCAAGCUGGCCAUAGGCGCCAAAUCGAGUCUAUGUUGCAUUCUUAUCAAGCUGGCCAUUAGGCCCCAAAUCGAUUCUAUGUUGCAUUCUUAUCAAGAAGCUGGCCAUAGGCGCCAAAUCGAUUCUAUGUUGCAUUCUUAUCAAGAAGCUGGCCAUAGGCGCCAAAUCGAUUCUAUGUUGCAUUCUUAUCAAGAAGCAAAUGGCCAUAGGCGCCAAAUCGAUUCUAUGUUGCAUUCUUAUCAGAAGCCAUAG